AUGUCUGAAACCCUCCAAGAGCUCGCCGACAUCCCCAAGGACUUCCUCCGUGAGGGUACCCUCUUCGUCCGUAGAUGCACCAAGCCCGACAAGCGCGAAUUCAUCAAGAUCAGCCAGGCCGUCGGCAUGGGCUUCCUUAUCAUGGGUGCCAUUGGUUACUUCAUUAAAUUAAUACACAUUCCCGUCAACAACAUCCUUGUCGGUGGCGCAUAA